AUGUUCCAUGAGUCUUCAUCACAUUCCUCCACCUCGUCGCCGCAGAGAUCGGUGCGAGAGGGCUACUAUCAGUGUAAGCUUCGUUCACAUCCAGGCGACGAGGCAAAUUCGCUGACCAUCACAGACACUCGUGAGAAGCCUUAUGUCUGUCAAGUUUGCAAUAAGGGGUUUGCUCGACCACGUUGCAGGGAGAAAGGCCUGACCUGCGAUUGGCCAUUAAGUGGCAAUGAAGUGUCUCCCGAAUCACCUGCAGAAGGUAGCAUGGGAUUGAUGGCGGACGACGAAGCUCAAUACGAACCCCUCGAGUCCACCCAACCGCAAGCACCUUAUGCCAUUCCUAUCGAUCAGACACCAGCCUCCCGGUUUUCACAAUCUUCACAUGAGAAUACGCGACUAAAUGGGUCGCUACACAGCUACAUCGCUGAGGAACGCUCAAACAUACCGUCGCAGGAACCAACGUCGGUAGACUUCAAUGCACUCUCUCCGAUGAUGGACCGGGAAACUGGCAGCGGCAUUUUUAGCGUGGACGGUACCUUCUUUCCGGAUUUCAUUCCAGACGCGUUGAUCCCUACCCUCGCGCGAAACGACAUCGACCCUUUUAUUGCCCCCCAAGAGUACACGGGCACAUUAGACCCAAACGUGACUUUCAACUUCGAUUUCACCGAUGUCGAUUUCGGCCUCAUCGACUUCUUCAACACACAGGGAGUUCAGCACAGCCACGCCGCGGACGUCCCAGAUGGACUCGAAACCGACAGUGGUAUUGCCCUUGGUGCGGAAGCUUACCAACGAUCAUCUUUGUCUGCGUGGAAGCCCGCUCACUCAGACCAUGCGUUCAUCGAUGAGGAAGGGCUAUCGGUGCCGAAAUCAAUUGACAGCCCGGAGACAAGUAUGCGGUCUGAGCGACAGAUGCUUUCUGAGCGCCUAUCACCGGGCAGUCGGGACCACAUCUUUGGUCUGGUGCUACAAACAAGCACGAAAGGAAAUUUGACGCGGAUAAUGAAAUCGUUCCCAAGUACAGAACUUCUCGACAGCCUCAUUCAGGAUUAUUUCGAGAUUCAAAGCCAUCACAUUGAUUCUUGGAUACACCGCCCGACUUUCCAUGUAAAUGAACAGAGCCCGGACAUGCUCGCCAUAGUCGCUGCGGCUGGCGCCGUACGAUCAACGAUCCCAACCCUGCGAAAAUUGGGUUACGCCUUGAUGGAAAUUGUGCGUCUGCGGAUGUCCGAUAAGUAUGAACGCGAUAACACCACGACGCGAGACCUACGUGCUUCUCAAACCUAUGCUCUUGUCAUUGAUAUUGGGAUGUGGAGCGGCGACCGACGCAGAACAGAGAUCGCCGAGAGUUUCCAGCAACCUCUAGUCACCAUGCUGCGACGCGGACUUCGCUUUCGACGUUCUCGGUAUUCGUCCAUUCUGCCAAACCCCGAGGAUUCUGAAGAAACCUUGAAUAGAAAAUGGCGAGAUUGGGUUGAGCAAGAAUCUUUCAAGCGACUGGUCCACCAUCUGUUUCUGCAUGACGCGCAGUCAGCGAUGAUGCUGAAUGUGAACCCUCUUUUCUCGUACGGCGAGAUGGAACUUCCCUUUCCAUUUGUCCGGUCGCUAUGGGAGGCGCAGACCGCGACCGAAUGGAGACACAUUUAUUUGUCCUCCGGGCUGACAUCCCAGAGACUUCCCUCACUGGUUGAUACACUGCAUGAUCUGCCGCAGCUGGCUGUGUUCCAGGGUUGUAUCGACUUGCAGUUGUCGGCCUUUGUGCUCCUCCAUGGCCUUUGGGCACUGAUCAAUGAGUACCACCGGCUCAAAUUCAUCUCCAAGGGCAGUUCCAAGCAUUGGAAUGCUUUAGUCAUAAAUUCCCGACAUCAAGAACUAGCUCAGACCUUGCAACAGUUUCGCAUGGUAUCCCAUGAGUUCACCACUAGCCCCAGCCCGGAGGUCCUUCUCGUUCACGAGAUGAUUUCAAUGUUCCUGCACAUGUCACUGGAAGAGCUGCAACUUUUUGCAGGGAAAGAAGAUAAGCGAGAAGCUCGCCGAGUCUACCACAGCGCGCUCGAGUGGAUCAAUAGCAUCGACUCGCGAAGAGCCAUUUGGCAUGCUGGACAGGUUAUUCGGUUCGCAAAAGCCAUCUCGCCCGGUUGCUUAACGGGAUCCCUCGCCGAGGCUGUCUACUAUGCCAGUCUGGCCUUCUGGUCGUACAGUGUCGUGUUCAAAGCGAAGAACGACAAGAUGCCCGUGGGGAGUCCCCCUUCGGGGACGUCCUUUGUUGGCCGCUGGCCCACUGUUUUCCUCGACGGGGAAGAGACCACUGAUGUACAGAAGUUCAUCUCUUUAGGGUGCGGAUGUCCUGCCUUGAAGGGGCUCCAGGGACCGGCGACUUUGGACGAUCCUGGUGAGAUUAUGGACGUGGUGCAAAGUGUUCUGCGGGCGGAGGCUGCCCAUGACGCCUUACCUCCUCUGGUGCAGACACUCUGGAAUCUAAUGGGAGGUCUGGGGAAUGCUGCGCGUUCGAAGUGA